AUGCUUUCGAAAAUCGACGCUUAUCACUUGAUGAUCAUUUCAAAGUACUUUGUGACUAUAAACGACUUUAUUCAUGUCCAAUUGGUAUGUAAAAAGUACAAGGACACUUUGGAUAAGUUCCAUUAUAAUCCAAUUCCACUUACUUUGAAAACCAUUUCGUAUUUCCCAAAUCUAGAAACACUCCAUCUCUAUACAAAAGAAGACGAAUCGUUUGGUUUAAAUUUACUUCCUUAUCAAUGUACACCGAAGAAAAAAUCAAAAGGAAAACAAAAAAAUUAUUCUUUUUAUAAAAUCGUCAUUUGGUUUCGUGUUUUCUAUGAAUUGACAUUCAAAAAAUCAAAAGUUGAUAUUGAGUUUAAACAAGUGUGUUAUAAAGAUAUGUCAAGUACGAAUUUAAAAACAAUUCCUCAAAAUGUAACCGCACUUGUAAAAGAGUGUUUCUUGCAACAAAAAACACUGCAGACAAUCGAUAUCCCAUCUACAGUCACUUCUCUUGGUAAAAAGUGUUUCUGCGGUUGUGACUUAACUUCAAUUACUCUUCCUCCACACAUUAAAAAGAUGAAGAGAUUGUGUCUCAGCAAUAAUCAAAAUUUAGAAUCAGUAAUAAUACCAUCGUCUGUGUCUUAUAUUGGAGAGAUGUGUUUUGGUAAAUGUGUUUCACUGAAGUGCAUCACACUACCUACAACACUUCUGUCUCUUCCAAUUGGAAUAUUUGAAGAAUGUCGUUCUUUAAAAAGUGUGAAACUUCCACCAAAUAUAACAUCCUUUGAUGCCCUUUGUUUUACUCAUUGCAAUGCUCUCAAUUUUCUUGAUAUUCCAACUACUGUUGUAAGCAUAGGGGUUUCAUGUUUUGAGUUUUGUAAUUCGCUCAGUACAAUUGAAUUACCAAACAGCGUUACUUGUAUUAAAGAAAAAUGUUUUGCAAAUUGCACUUCUUUAAGUUCUUUUCAAGCUCCAAGUCAAAUGACUAAGCUCGAUGAUAGCUUAUUUAUGUCUUGUGAAUCACUAACUAAUAUCAGCAUGUCUGCAAACAUUAAAGAGAUACGUAUGAAGUGCUUCAAAAGGUGUAUAAAUUUGAGUACCAUCGAGUUACCCAAAGCAUUGGUAACACUUGAAGAUUUGUGUUUUGAGGAGUGCAAAGCUUUGAUGGAAAUUGUCAUUCCAGAGAGUGUUACAAAACUGUCUAGACAAGCAUUUUCAAAUUGUUAUUCAUUGAAGAAAGUUGUUAUGGGAAAUCAAAUAACAGAAAUACCAGACAAAUGUUUUCUUGGAUGUACAUCACUUGAAACUAUCAUUUUUCCUUCGUCAGUCAAAGAGUUUGGGUGUUCUGCUUUUGAGCAGUGCAACUCUCUGAAUACCAUUAAAAUCCCAGACACAGUCACUUUAAUUGGGGAAAUGUGCUUUUUUAAAUGUAAAUCAUUGGAGAAUGUUAAAUUGCCUAAGAAUUUAAUAACAUUGGGAUAUUCGUGUUUUGAAGCAUGUGAAGCUCUUUCCCAUGUUGAAAAUCCAAGUAACAUCGAAUUUUUCGAUCGAAGUUGUUUCGCAUAUUGUUACUCUCUACAGUUGAAAUAUAAGAAAGCUAAAAAAAGGUGGGAAACUGAUGAUGACAAUUAA